AUGGAGCAAUGCCUCAUGGAUACCAAUGUCUCUAAGGAUGGCUUGAAUUUUAACAUCGUGAAGGAGUACAUGAUCCUGACCAGUCCCCAAAGAGUGGCUGUUGCAGUCCUAUGCACCUUCCUGGGGCUGCUGAGCUCCCUGGAAAACCUGGCCGUGUUCUGUCUCAUCCUGUCCACCCACCAGCUCCGUGCCAAGCCCUCAUAUCUGUUCUUCAGCAGUUUGGCUGGAGCUGACUUCUUAGCCAGUGUGGUCUUCGCCUGCAGUUUUAUACAUUUCCACGUCUUCAAUGGUACGGAUUCCAGAGCUGUCUUCCUGCUGAAAAUAGGCAGUGUGGCCAUGGCUUUCACAGCCUCUGUGGGGAGCCUGAUGCUCACCGCUGUCGACCGCUUCCUCUGCCUGCACCACCCGCCCGCAUACAAAACUCUCCUCACCCCCAGGCGGGCACUGGUCACGCUGGGCGUCAUGUGGUUCCUCGCAGCACUGGUCUCCUACCUGCCCCUCAUGGGCUGGACGUGCUGCCCCAGCGCCUGCUCCGAGCUCUUCCCACUGAUCCCCAGCAGCUACCUCCUCAGCUGGCUCCUGCUCGUCGUCUGCCUCUUCUCUGUCAUCAUCUACACCUACGGGCAAGUCCUCUGGAAAGCCCAUCAGCAUGUAAGUAAUUUGACUCAGCACAAGAAUGUGCAGAUGCUGAAAAUUCCUGGGAUGAGACUGGACCUCAGGUUGGCCAAGACCCUGGGGGUGGUGUUGGCUGUGCUGCUCAUCUGCUGGUCCCCAGCACUGGCCCUCAUGGCUUACAGCCUGGCCACCAAACUAAGCGACGAGGUCAAGAAGGGCUUUGCCUUCUGCUCCAUUCUGUGCCUUGUCAACUCCAUGGUCAACCCUAUCAUCUAUGCCCUGUGGAGUCGGGACAUCCGCUCUUCCGCCCGCCACUGCCUGGCCUACUGGACAAAGUACCCGCGGGGUCGUGGGCCUAAGAGAAAAGAAACCCUGAGGUCUUCAGUCACCGAGAUAGAAGCAUGUCUUGGUGACAGAAGUGAAAAAGAGUGA